AUGUGUUACACGCCAGAGGGAGCUCGUACGCCAUCGGAGAGUCUCGACUGCCAACCAUCAUCCUCAUCGUUUUCAUACCGAUUCAGCAAUCAAUUUGCACAGCAAAGCUCUUCAGCAUCUAACUUAAAUCUAGAGGACAAUGAUUUCGAGCACUCUUUCGGAGCUUUCAUCAAUCAAUCGCCAACGGUGACAGCGCUAAAGAAUCAAACGUCUCAAUCAUCAAUACUUGAAGAUUCCUUUCAACAGUCCAACGACAACGAUCCGUUCAUUUCGUUCAUUUACAAGAAUGAGGUUAUCACCGGAGACGAAUUCCAAUCAGCUCCACCAUGUACAGCAUCGCUCGUGCCUCAAAGUCCACAGAUCUCUACAUUUCAUCAACAAGAAGAUGCUCUUCAACGCCACCGCAGGAUGAUUCAAGACCAAAUACGUCGAAAUGAACAAAUCGCAAGCAUCCUUUCACCUUGGCGCAAACGACAAGAGCAGUUGCGUAAACGUCCAGUGAAACGUUGCAUGAUUCCACGUAGAAAGUUCUCUCUGGCAUCAGGUCUCGAGUCAUCCACUAGCAAAAAGCACACAGGUAAAGGAAACUGUGGUGCAAUGGACAGUAUUGAUGGAGUAAUUUACAGGAAGCGUGAACGACCCCACAUUCAACGUUGA